GAAUCUCACAAGUGGGUAGUUUGUCAUUGAUUUUAUGUGCUGCAAGUGUUAGCGAGAUUUCCUAUUUUGCGCUGGAAUUUGAUAUUUUAAUUGUAAUAAAUAGAAAAAUUGCAAGAUGCUGCUUAACUUGGUGGCAUUAGCGGCUGCGGUGGCGGCGGUGGCUGGACACGGACGGGUGCUGGGCCCACCCUCCCGCGCCUCCAUGUGGCGAAGUGGCUUCCCUAUGGAGCCCAAUUACGACGACGACGGCCUCAACUGCGGAGGUUUUGCUAGGCAGUAUCUGACCAACGGUGGGAAAUGUGGCCUAUGCGGUGAUCCCUAUGACGUAGAAGAACCAAGACCUCACGAACUUGGAGGCUUGUAUGGCCAGGGUAUCAUAGUUGCCAAAUAUGAAGCGGGACAAGUGAUAAAUGCAACCGUCCAAAUAUCAGCGUACCACAGAGGAUACUGGGUGUUCAAGAUUUGCCCAGACCCGCAUAUCACCGAUCAGUCGUGCUUCGACCAGCACCCAGUCGAGCUAGAAGAGGGGGGCACUAGAUUCUACCCACCAAAAGAAGGCAUAUACUCUCUAAACUAUCGUUUACCUAAAGGAUUGAUUUGCGAGCACUGUGUCUUACAGUGGAGGUACAUAGCUGGCAACAACUGGGGUAUAUGUGAGGAUGAAACGCAAGGGCUGGGAUGUGGAAACCAGGAAACCUUUGGGGCGUGCUCUGAUAUCUCUAUCAGAAUACCUGUUGACAGUUUCCCUAUCGAAGCAGUGCCGCUGAAUGGAAUUGACCAAGGUUUGCUCGAUUUCCUAAGAAACAUGAUACUUAGACCACCGCCGAAGAAAUAUUACUCAAAACACAGCUUGAAGAAGAAGAAAAACCAUCGGCAACCUCGCUCUAGAAAACAUUCAAAAAAGAAAAAGGUGUCGUUUUGGCAAUAUGAUUAAAAUAUCCCAAGGAUUCAGUGCCAAAAUUAUGACAAAAUUAAUUUGAUAAAUGAAUAAUUUAAGUUUUACUUAAUGACAACUUGGCCGCAAAAUUGGGCAACGAAUAUUUGAGCGCAGCGCACCGAAUACAACGAUGUAUUCGGUGCACACAUUUUUUUUUAAUAUUAAAAUGUUUAUUCCGUGAAAGAACUCUAUUUUCCAUUAGUUAUUGCGAACGUAUCAUGUUGGUAUUUGCAUUUGAUUAUGGGCGAGGUAAAGCUCCAUUUUGUUAUUUAUUUAUAAAUCUGAAACGAAGCAGUGAGAGUCCAGUGGGUAGGAGCUCGUCUUACCUUUCGGGGACCGAGUCCGAAGUAAUGUGCGUUUUAAGUCAUUAAAUAUCGCUUGCUUCGACGGUAAAGGAAAACAUCGUGAGGAAACCGGCAUGCCUGAGAGUUCUGGAUAAUGUUCUUAAAGGUGCAUUGAGUCCACGAAUACGAAGUGGACCAGCCUGGUGGACCAAGACCUCAACCCUUUCUCAUCGUGGGAUACCCGUGCCUGUAUUGGCUGGUAAUGGGUUGAUAUGAUGAAAUCUUAAACGUAAG